AUGGACCCCCCCGGAACUGUUCGUCUGGAGGAUCGACAGGGCGACCAUCUCGUCCUGUCGCCCCAACCAUCGGCCGAUCCCAAUGAACCACUGAACUGGUCAACCCCCCGCAAAGUCCUGCAUAUGACCCUGCUGUGUCUGUACACCGUCUUCGUCUUUGCCACCGUCACCGUCAUCACCCCCGUCUGGCAGGACCUGCUGGUCGAUCGAGGCUUCAGCUACACAACCCUCAACAAUGCCGACGCCACCAAUUUCGCUGCUCUGUCUGUUGGCUGCUACCUGUUCGUGCCGUUUGCCUUGCGCUUCGGUCGUCGUCAGGUGUACAUCCUCACCGCGCUGAUCAUGUUCGCCGUCGGCAUCUGGCAGGCCAACAUGAAGACCCUGGGCGAUCUCUUCGGCUCCCAGGUCGUCGGCGGCCUGGCGGGCGCCGUCAACGAGUCGCUCUUCCAGGUCACCGUCGCCGAUCUGUUCUUCGUCCACCAGCGUGGUACCAUGAACGGCAUCUACCUCAUCAUGGUCACCAUCGGCAACAGUCUGGGCCCCGUCGCGUCCGGCUACGUCGCCGCCAACCAGGGCUGGCAGUGGUCCUUCUGGUGGUGUGCCAUCUUCAUGGGCAUCACCGCCGUGCUGAUGAUCUUCUUCCUGGAGGAGUCCAAAUACGACUAUCCUCAAGCGAUGGAUGAAACUGCCUCGACGGUCAACGGCAGCACUACUACUGCUGCUACUAAAGAAGAGGCCAGUACAGCAGAGAAACACAUCCCCGAAGAAGGAGGCUUCGACCUGCGCCGUUUCCUGACGCACUACUCCGAGCCCAUCGUCAUGCUGUACACCUUCCCCACCGUCGCCUUCACCGCCAUCCAGUACGGCUUCAACAUCGCCUGUCUCGCCAUCCUCGUCAUCACCCAGGCCACCAUCUACCCGGAACCCCCCUAUGACAUGUCCAGCAUCGCAGUCGGGAACAUGGAGAUCCCCGCCGCCAUCGGCUCCCUGCUGGGCGCCCUCUUCGGCGGCCCGCUCAUCGAUUACUUCCUCCUGCUGGCCGCCAAGCGCAACGGCGGCAUCUACGAGCCCGAAAUGCGUCUCUACCUCUACUGCGUCCCUGCCCUCUUCAUGGCCGCCGGCGUGCUCAUGUACGGCCUCACCAUUGCAAAGGGUAUGCCCUGGAUCAUCAACGGCGUCGGUUCUGCCUUUAUGGGUGCUGGUCUAGGCGGCAUGUGUGAUAUGUCGCUUGCCUAUCUGCAGGAUUCAUACAGGGGGAUGGUCGGUGAUGCCCUCGUCCCCGUCGCUUUCGUCCGUAAUAUCUGCGGUACCAUCCUGGCCUUUGCCAUCCCCUACUGGAUGGACGGGAUGGGCACGUACAACAUGUUCGUCCUGCUGGGCUGUCUCUCGCUGGCGUUGUCGGCCCUGCAUAUCCCGAUGAUUAUCUAUGGGAAACGGAGCCGCGAGCGUUGCGCCGACAAGUACUACGCUUAUCUCAAGCGGAAUUGA